AUGGCACUGUCGUGGGGAGGAAAGGCAUGCGAUGCAACCUUCGGUGACUGACCGAGGCUGUACCUUCAUGGUUCGAAGGUCAACUUCAAAGUAAGCUAGGAUUGCUCGUGCAGAUACUGCUGUAUGCCAGCUGCCUGAUGGACCAAGACUUGAAGGCAUAGUUAUGACGCUGCAUCUAUACCACUGUUUCAGCAACCGUCCCGAUGGGCUCACCGUGUCACCCUCCAUCAUCAACCGCCGAACCAGUACUAUUAGCAGUGAACGGAACAUUUCUGUACUUGUCCCUGCCACCGACUGCUCUAGGAGGAACUGCACACCUUCCGUCCACGCUGCAUCUCCUUCGCUCGUUGGCGCCACCCGCAGCACAACUGGUGCGUUUCUCCCGUCGAUCCCUGCAGCACAAGCUGGCUUCGACGGAGACCGCGGGGAGUGCAAGUGGGUGAAUCUCACAGUACCCGGCCCGCACUACUUCCUGACAGUCGUAUUCAUAGUGAGGAUCUACGAGAAAGACCUCUCCGAGAUGACGACUGCAGAGGUGAAGCAGUGGCUCCUGUACCUCCGCUACGCCGGAGUUGAGCACGCGUACCUGUACGACCUGUGGUAUCUACCUGGAGAGUCCCAGAGAGAGUCGCUGGACGUAUUCAUCAGAGAAGGUUACCUCACCUACCUGGACAGACAUGAACUGAAUCCUUACCUCCGCCAUAAGUCUCAACUGCCGUCCUACCAGCACUGCAUCGAUACCUUUGGGAAGGACAGCACAUGGCAGGCAGCAAUCGACAUAGAUGAGUAUCCUUUCUCACCAGAAGACACGGAGCCUGGGUUCAUGUAUCGCUACGUCAAGAAGUUUAGUGAACAAAAUAGUGACGUGUCGGAAAUCACAAUGGAAAAUUUCCUCUUCCUUGGAGAGAAAAACAAACCAAGAGAGCUCCUAAUUGAGAGACUAUGGCGACAUACACAUGGGCCCUCUAAUAAUCUAGUGAAGCCAAUCUAUAAGCCAGCGGACAUCAGGAAGGCACAGGUACACCAUAACGUGAGACGCAGAGGGCUGUCUGGGAUGGCUCUGAGCAAUGGACUGAGGAUCAAUCACUACUGGGGAGCCAGGCUCCAGGACUGGGGGCCAGACACCCAAGAAAUCUUCACCGAGACUGAAGAGGAUAGGGGAAUGGAACCUAUUGUAACCGCCUUUAAAACAUGUGACAAGUAUGUUCAUCGAUAUCUCUAGGGUGCCUUAGAGUCAUCAAACCAAUGCCACUACUAUGGCUAUUGUUUAAACCAACAUAGCUCCCGAUCAUCUCGAAAAAAUGCAUGCAUGUGUGACGUGCGCAUACAUUAUACACUAUGUGAAGGGAAUGUAUUCCCAAACUACCAU